CGGGUUCGAGUCCGGGCCCGGCGGGUCCCGCUGAUCCUCUCUGUUCCUCGCUGAUCCUAUCUGUUCCCCGCUGUCCCCGCUGUCCCCGCUGUCCCCCGCUGUCCCGCUGUCCCCCGCUGUCCCGCUGUCCCCCGGCCAUGCUGCGGGACGAGGACACGGAGGCGGAUUUCCAGCGCUUCCUGCGCCGCGUGGAUGAUGUCGCCAAUUUGCUGCAAGGUCUGAACUCCCCGGACUCGGCUGUCCAGGAAAAAGCCAUUGCUGAGACAGAGAAAAGGCUGCGAGAGCAAGGAGCCAGCAGGGAGGAGGAGGAGAGCAGGACCAUUGUGAACAGAACGCUCAUCAACACUUCUGGCGCGGCGCGGGCGGAGGCAGUGGAUGCAGACGGCUUCCUGGCAGCUUUGGAAAAGGAUGCCAAAGAACGAGCCCAGCGCAGGAGGAGGAACGAGCAGCUGGCAAACGCCCUGAAGGAGCAGGGGAACGAAGCCUUCCGGAGAGGAGACUUUGCCCUGGCCGUCCAGAGGUACUCGGAGGGGCUGGAGAAGCUGAGGGACAAGCAGGAGCUGUACACAAACAGGGCACAGGCCUACCUGAAGCUCCGUGAGUAUGAGAAAGCCAUCAGUGACUGUGAGUGGGCACUAAAGUGCAAUAAAAACUGCCUCAAAGCCUAUUUCCUCAUGGGGAAAGCUCACCUGGCACUGCAGCACUUCACUGAGGCCAGGCAGUGCUACGAGGAGAUGCUGCGGGCUGAUCCCCGGAAGGAAAACCUGUUCAAAGACUGUGUGAGCGAGGCCAGGCUGGAGGAGAAGAGGCUGAGAGAUGAGGAGAGAGCGCAGAGGGAGCUCCGGGCUGGGAAUGUCGCUGCUCUGUCCGUCCAGGAAUUGCUGCAGAGGAUCAGCAGCCCCGACCAGGACAUCCUCUACUACACAGGCGGCAUCAGGCUCCUGGCAGGAGCCGUGAACGGCUGCACUGGGCAAACGCUCUUCAGGACAAACAAUGGCUUCAGUAUCCUCAGGAACGAGACUGUCAGAGGGGCCUUGUGUGCAGAGAGCAAAAGCGCUGCAGAGGCGGAGCUGUGCGUUUCCCUUCUCCUGCUGUGGCAAGCUGCCUGUGCUGGGAAUGAGGAAAAUCAGCGUCUCCUGUUGGCCCAGCCCGACGUGGGUGCCCAGCUGGCAGAGCUGCUCUCCUCUGGCACCCCCCAGCUCCAGAGGGAGACCCUGGCGCUGAUUUCUCUCUACUCAGAGAACGAGAGUGGCCGGAGGCUGCUGCUGAGGCAGGACCUGAGCAGAUGGCUGCAGAUUUUGAUGGCGUUUGUCAAGAGCACUGAUGCAAGGGCUGACAGAGCCAUGAACAUCUUGUCUGACUUAAGUGGGGAGGAAAGGUUCCAAGCCCAGUGUCGGGCCGUGAUUUCCACAGGUGUUCUACCUUUACUCGCCCAGUUGCUGGUGUGUUCGGGGCCGGUGAACGCCGCGGCGCUGGCGCGUGGCGUGGGCGCGCUGGGCAGCCUGUGUGCAGAUGUGGGGCUGCGGGCACAGCUGGCUGGGAGCGGGGAGUGCUGGCAGGCCUGCCUGCAGCUGCUGGACGGUGGGUGCCCUGAUGCCAGCAGCCCUGGGUACCAGCAGUGUGUGUUUGCAGUGCUGGGGCUGAUGAUGAACCUGCUGCUUGAAUCCAACAGCACCAUCCAGGAUUUUGCUGUGCCCAUCAGUGGCAGGUGCCUGGCUCUGCUCAGCCAUCAGGACGGAAGGAUUGUCACGAGAGCCACUGGAGUGCUGAGCCGUGUCCUGCCAGCGUCUCCCUCAGCAGUGGAGGAGGUGGUGAAAGCAGGAGUGGUGAAGAAAAUGCUCAAAUUCUUGAGAGCUGGGGGACACCUCACAUCCAGCUAUGCCAUAAAGACCCUUUCCAUCUGCACCAAGAGCAGCCGGAGAGCUCAGGAGGAGCUGCUGAAAUGGGAUAAAAGGCUGCGAGUGCUGCUGAAGCUGCUGGAGUCUGGGGAUGAGCUGACGGUGGGGAAUGCAGCUUUCUGUCUGGGCCAGUGCCUGCUGCUGCCCGGGGCAGCCUCGGCGCUGCUGGGCUCCGGCGCGGUGCCGCUGCUGCUCAGGCUGGCUGCCAGCGGCGCCCAGAGAACCUCGGUGCAGAAGAACUCGGCCAUUGCCCUGGGCAGGCUCUGCAUGGCUGAGCCAAGGCACAUUGAUCAGCUGAGGAAGCUCAAUGGCUUGGCCAUCCUGAACUCCUCCAUGAAAUACGUGCACAGCAGCUGAACUCCUCAGAAACCUCCCACAAGUGCCCUUCACCUCACUUGCUGUCGAGUUUUCUUUGCUUUAAUAAAAUUGAUUCGAAGCACAUCAGCUUUUCAGUGGCUUUUCGGAGUGGUUUUGGUCCCCCCCAGCAGCCAGUGAUA